AGAGAGGCGUCGACCACAGCGCGUUUCUGAGAGGGCGCUCUGGAUCCCUCGGCGUCUUCCGGCGGCCUUGAGGUCGCCACCCUGGCCGCUCUGGCCCGUCUGGCGUUGGGUGGGCGGCAUAGCUACGCUCACAUGAGCCAGCGGCAUUACGGCCGCAAUGGUCGCGGUCGGGGCCGAUCGAAGAAGAAGAAGGGCAAAAACUACAUCCCGGAAAGGUGGAGAGACUAUCUCCCAGUUGGACAGCGGAUGCCUGGGACUCGUUUCAUUGCUUUCAAAGUUCCUUUGCAAAAGAAAUUUGAAGCAGAGCUUAUGCCAGAAGAGUACUUUUCUCCUUUGGAUCUUUUUAAUAAAAUUCAAGAACAAAAUGAAGAACUUGGAUUGAUAAUUGAUUUAACAUAUACUCAGCGCUAUUAUAAAGCAGAGGAUUUGCCAGAAACUAUUUCUUACAUAAAAAUUCUUACAGCUGGCCAUCAGGUACCUGAUAAUGGCACUAUUCUUAAGUUCAAAUGUGCAGUUAAAGAGUUUUUAAAGAAAAACAAAGACAAUGACAAACUUAUUGGUGUCCACUGCACCCAUGGCCUAAACAGGACUGGCUACCUCAUUUGCAGAUAUUUGAUUGAUGUAGAAGGCAUGAGGCCAGAUGAUGCAAUUGAAUUAUUCAACAGCUGCCGGGGGCACUGCAUAGAAAGACAGAACUACAUUGAAAACCUGCAGAAUCGUCGUGUCAAAAAGAAACGGAAUACUAGCACGUCUAAGUCAGGUGAUCUUGAAGACUCAGCACAUCUUACUGAACAAGUCCACAGCACUAAGAAGCCUGUGAACCAAGGACCUCGGAACCAUUGGCCUGCUGGUCGUCCAAUACCUUCCCGACAUUUUUACACCCAGUCCCAGUACUCCCAGCAAUUGUUCAGAAAAUUUUCACACAACCAGAGUGUUUACCAGAGAGGCCUUAUCCCUCUUCCUGGUCCGGCUGAAGAGUACUAUUUUCAGAGAAGAUUCUUCUGGAGCGUGAAGCAAAAUGGUAGUCAAGCAACCCAGAAUAAGAAGUGGAUUUCCGGUAGUUACCAGAGGCCGUUCUACCCAGCCUACUAGGGAUGAAUCCAGUGAGGCACACGUGGAUGGGCUCUUACAGGGGCCACCUGAAAUCAGAGCUGGACAGAGGACAGCUGGAUUACUUUUAAUAAAAUCAGGUCAAAGCAA